AUAAACAACUGUAGUGUUUUUAUCCUCCCAAGUCAGACUUUGAGCCGGAAGUGGGGGUCCUGCAAAAUGAAGUGACAGGAGAAAUCUAGAAUCGACUAGUGGCCAAUGAUUGAAAUCGUCCUUCACAUGUACAGAAGAUGGCAGACGCAGAAAGUGUCGUCACAGAACCACGUGACGCACCCACCAUUAACGAACAUGUGCUUCAUGACUAUAUAGCUGGGGCAAUUGGAGGUAUGGCGGGAAUCAUCGUGGGCCAUCCAUUUGACACGACAAAGGUUCAGCUACAAACACAGUUACACGACAAGCGCUACAGUGGAACUAUAUCCGCAGCACUCAAUAUCAACAAAACUGGAUGGGUACACGGUUUCUUUCGUGGGAUGUCCACACCUUUGUUGUCCUACGGCGUUGUGAACUCCGUUUACUUCGGGGUUUAUGGAAACACUCUGAAAUUCUUAGAGGAUGACAGAGAGAUGAGGAAGUCUUCCUACCUGAACAUUUACCUGGCGGGGUGCGCGGGAGGGGCUGCUCAGCUGAUCCCCGUUAUACCCACAGACUAUGUCAAGGUGGUGCUACAAUCACAGAUCCCUAGGGACGCUGCCGACUCAGGGAAGCAGAAAGCAUUCAAGGGUCCCCUAGACUGUAUCAGACAUAUUGUGAAACACCAUGGAAUCAGGGGAUUGUAUAAAGGGGGCGUGGCCAUGGCUUGGAGGGACGUGCCAAGUUACGGUCUGUACGGAUUGACAUACGAAGUCUUGUCCCACUGGAUGAAGACGUCUGGUUGGUCUGAUUCCCGAGGGGUUAUUGCUGAUCUCGUGGCAGGAGGAUGCGCGGGAACAAUCACGUGGGCAUCCAUUAUUCCGUUUGAUGUGGUGAAGAGCCGGUUUCAGGCAGACUUUAUAGGAGAAUACUCCGGAUUGAUAGACUGUGCAGUGAAAAGCUACAAGGAAGAGGGGUUCGGGGUGUUUUACAGAGGAUGUCUGAUCACGUGUUUAAGGGCGUUUCCCGUCAAUGCUGUGACGUUUCUUAUGUAUUCUCAAUCCAUGAAGUACUUGGAAUCAUCAUAGUCUGCGAUGUGUAUGUCGUGAUACAUGUAGGACCACACUCAGUCCAUUGUGAAACAGGACACGUAAUAGAAUGUUGUGUACAUGUGUAUUAAGAGCACUUUGUAUUCAGUAACAAAAAACAUACAUCAUUAACAAAUAAAGUUUCUGAACACA